AUGAUGUCCGUGGUCUUGCGAAACAUACCUCCUCAAUGCCAGGAAGAUGAUCUUCGUCGCGCAUUGCUCAUCUAUGGCACCGCAGUAAGCACAGCCAUUGCUCCUCAUAUGCGUCAGGCAACUGUAACCAUGCGGAACUCGCAAGAGGUCCGUUCUCUCCUUCAUCAAGGAUGCAUCAAUCUUUUUGGGCAAACUGUGACGGUGGAACCAGCGCCCUAUGGCAGCAAUGGUGGCGCACCAGCGAUGCUGCCUCCUCACCUUGGCACAACGCGGAUUAACGUUAUUGUGGAAAAGUGCACAUAUCCUGUGACGAAGGAAAUAUUGACACAGGUGUUUGGUAUGGUGGCACCACCUCUCAAUGUUGUCUGUGGUCCUUCAGGACCCACAACAACAGGCUGGGUGGAUUACGCCGAUGCUACUACAGCCCGUCGAGUGAUACAGCAACUGAAUAAAAAUUCCAUCUAUCCUGAAUGCUGUUUUAUGUCUUUAACGCUUGACCGCUCGGGCGUUGGUGCCCCUGCGAUGGGAGGAUAUGCCAAUUCACCAAUGCCAUAUCCACAACAACAAGCCGCACAGCAACCGCCACUUCAGCAGCAGCAGCCGAUGCCAUUUGGUCAUGCAAACUACGGGGCUAUGCCUGGUUCUGUAAUUCCGAGGGGUGGUAUGGGCGGACGUGGACGUGGGCGUGGUGGUUUAAUGGGACGAUACGGUCCCACAUAUGCUGCCAAUGGACCCAUGGCACAUCCUCCAUAUGCCGCUUCCUCCACCCCGUAUGCCCAGCCUCCCAAUGAUGCUGUAGUCAUUGUAAGCAACAUGCCAGAGACGGUACCCCUUCAUGAUUUGUGGGUUCUUCUUGAAGUAUACGGUAAUGUGAACUCACUCAAAAGACAGUUCAGCUCAAAGAGUAAUGUCGUUGCACAUUUUCAGAAUGUCUACGACGCUCGUCUUGCUGUUCAGUAUCUUCAAGGAUGUCCAUUUCAUGGUGCCACGCUCUUACUCAAGCAUUUUGCUGGGUACGUGGAGCGCGGUGGCAGGACCGAGUGGAACAGUGGCCCAGCAACAGAUCCUGCCACACAUGCCGUGCUUUUUUCAAGUGGAUAUCAUCACCGAACGAAACCUACAGCAGCUUUUAACCCUACAGGACGCGUUCGCCCAGGAAAAAAUCUUUUUAUUUCCAAUCUCACUGAAGCCAUCACGGAUGAGGAUAUCAAAGAAGAGUUCACCAAGGCUGGGUUUGAACUGGAUGGGUAUUACCGCAAGAAUCCCUCCGUUGCUAUUGUUAGCUUGAGGGAUAUAGAGACGGCGGUACAGGCCCUUAUUGUGGUACAUUCCCAGCAACUGAAGGAGCGCUUCCUACGUGUGACAUUUUCUCACUUCCCACCGGGUCCACGCAGCAACGGUGAAGAAGAAAACGAAACCCCUGCAGCUGAGGCGAAAGAAACUUUGGCGGAGAAACCAACUGAAGAGGAGUGA